AUGUCGCACGCACUUGGACGAGCAUCAUCAUCAAAAGCACCGCCACAUCUAGACUUCCGACAAUUCGUCGACGAACUGCGCAAGGACGGCGACCUCGCAGACAUCAACCAAGAAGUCGACCCCCACCUCGAGGUUGCCGCCAUAACGCGCCGAGUCUACGAACGCCGUGCUAAGGCGCCACUAUUCAACAACGUCAAAGGCGCACACGAUGGACUUUUCCGGAUCAUAGGCGCGUCGGGCGGUCUUCGACGCGACCCCAAGCAAACGUACGGCAGACUCGCGCGACACCUCGGUCUGGCCCCGGAUGCAAGCGUACGAGACAUCAUAGACCUGAUGCUCUCCGCCAAAGGCGCAAAGCCACUCCCACCUGUGCACGUCGAGAGCGGGCCCUGCAAAGAAGUCAAGAUAUUCGGCGACGACAUAGAUCUGACGAAACUGCCCGUUCCGCUGCUGAACAAAGCCGACGGCGGAGACUACAUCCAAACAAUGGGCAUCAACAUCGUCCAGCAUCCGACCGAGCAGUGGACGAAUUGGUCCAUUGCGCGGGCAAUGAUCCACGACAAAGAUCGUCUCGCGGGACUCAUCAUGAAGCCCCAGCACAUCGCCAGGAUUUUCGAGCAGUGGGAGAACAAGAAGGAGGACAUGCCCUUCGCGAUUGCACUCGGCGCCCCUCCCAUCGCCGUCAUGGCAGCGAGUAUGCCUCUCCCCGCAGGCGUCACCGAAGCAGAGUACGUCGGCUCAUUAUGCGGAUCUCCCCUCGAGCUCGUCAAAUGCGAAACAAACGACAUGUACGUCCCCGCCAACACGGAAAUCGUCCUCGAAGGCACCGUCUCCGUGACCGAAAAGGGCCACGAGGGACCCUUCGGAGAGAUGCAUGGCUACAGCUUCCUCGACGAAGGCGCGCGCCUGCAGCCCCUGUACAAAGUAACCGCCAUCACGCACCGGCGGGACGCCAUCCUCCCGAUCUGCGUGCCAGGACGCGCGACAGGUCCCGACGAAACGCACACGAUGAUCGGAACGCUCGCGUCGGCCGAGAUCCGACAGCUGCUACAAGACAACGACCUCCCCGUGACCGACGUCUUCACGCUGUACGAGUCCCAGGUCAUCUGGGCCGCCGUCCAGGUCGAUAGAGCCAAGCUGCGCGCGCUCGGCACCAACGCGAAGGACUUCUGCAACACGAUCGGGAACCUCGUCUUCCGCAACAAGUGCGGCAUGCAGAUCCAUCGCCUGCUUGUCGUCGGCGACGACAUCGACCCGUUUAGCUUCGAGGAUGUCAUGUGGGCCUACGCGACGAGGUGUAGGCCCGGCAUGGAUGAGUUCCUCUUCGAGGACGUCCAGGCGUACCCGUUGGUGCCGUACAUGUCGCACGGCCCGGGCACGAAGUUGACGGGCGGUAAGGCCGUCGCGAAUUGCUUGCUGCCGCUGGAGUACAGCGAGGAACAGAAUUGGGUGACGUGCGAUUUCGAGAAUGGGUAUCCGGAGGAGGUCAAAGAGAAGGUUUUGAGGGAUUGGGAUGAGUACAAGUUGGAGGAUUAG